GUUAAGUUCUCUUCUGGAGUGAUCAGGACGUUCACCGAGAUAGUGACGCGAGGCCUUUGCGGACUUUGGCACAGCCUGCACCUGCGGCUCUGAACACCCAGCGGGAAAGAGCCGGCCUCCAGGAUGCGACCUAGUUCUAGAGAAUAACGGUUUAGAGGGUCAACAUGUUCUCCAACUUGAGGAAGUUUGGAGUAAAUCAUAAGAAGAUAUCCAUCCUGCACGUUAGUAAUAUGUGUUGCUCUAAAAUAAAAGCAAGUUUAAAAAGAUUAAAGCCAUAUAUGCCUCUUGGAAGAAGCUACAGUUCUCUACCAGGUUUAGUUGGAAAUGAUAUCAAAUCGCUUCAUUCCGUCAUCAGUCCUCCCAUAGCUAAAAUCCGUAAUAUUGGAAUUAUGGCUCAUAUUGAUGCAGGCAAAACUACCACCACAGAAAGAAUAUUGUACUAUUCUGGAUACACAAGAUCACUGGGAGAUGUUGAUGAUGGAGACACGGUGACAGAUUUCAUGGCUCAAGAGCGAGAAAGAGGCAUUACUAUUCAGUCUGCUGCUGUUACAUUCGACUGGAAGGGAUAUAGAGUCAAUCUAAUUGAUACGCCAGGUCAUGUGGACUUUACGUUGGAGGUUGAGCGCUGCCUUAGAGUGUUGGAUGGUGCAGUAGCUGUGUUUGAUGCCUCUGCUGGUGUAGAGGCACAAACUCUCACAGUAUGGAGGCAAGCUGAUAAACACAAGAUACCUCGAAUCUGCUUUUUAAACAAAAUGGACAAAACUGGAGCAAGUUUUAAAUAUGCAGUUGAAAGCAUCAGAGAGAAAUUGAAGGCAAAGCCUUUGCUUCUACAGUUACCACUUGGUGAAGGCAAAGCUUUCAAAGGAGUUGUGGAUGUUGUAAGUAAAGAAAAACUUCUUUGGAAUCGUCCAUCAGAGGAUGGAAAAGACUUUGAGAGGAAACCCCUCUUGGAAACGAGUGAUGCUGAAUUGCUGAAGGCGACAGCUGAAGCAAGGAAUGACUUAAUUGAACAGGUUGCGGAUUUGGAUGAUGAAUUUGCUGACUUGGUUUUAGGAGAAUUCAGUGAAAAUUUUGAUUUGCUACCAACUGAAAAGCUACAGGCUGCAAUACACAGAGUAACACUGGCUCAGACAGCAGUUCCUGUGCUUUGUGGAAGUGCCCUGAAAAACAAAGGGGUUCAGCCCUUGUUAGAUGCUAUUACUAUGUACUUGCCUUCACCCGAAGACCGCAACUAUGAAUUUCUGCAGUGGUAUAAGGGUGACUUAUGUGCCCUGGCAUUUAAAGUUCUUCAUGACAAGCAGCGGGGACCACUGGUGUUUAUGCGCAUUUACUCAGGCAUGAUAAAACCCCAGUCAGCCAUCUAUAAUAUUAAUGGAAACUGCACGGAGAGAGUAAGUCGUCUUCUUUUGCCAUUUGCUGACCAACAUAUAGAAAUCCCUUCACUGACUGCUGGUAACAUUGCUUUGACUGUUGGCCUUAAACAUACGGCCACUGGGGACACCAUUGCCUCGUCUAAGUCCAGUGCAUUAGCUGCAGCUCGUCGAGCCGAAAGGGAGGGAGAAAAGCAGCACAGACAAAACAGUGAAGCAGAGAGACUUUUACUGGCUGGAGUGGAGAUUCCAGAACCUGUUUUCUUCUGUACCAUAGAGCCCCCUUCAGUGGCUAGGCAGCCAGAUUUGGAUUAUGCACUGAAAUGCCUUCAGCGUGAAGAUCCCAGUUUGAAAGUAAAGCUGGAUCCUGAUUCUGGACAGACUGUUCUCUGUGGUAUGGGGGAGUUACAUAUUGAGAUUAUUCAUGACCGAAUCAAGAGGGAAUAUGGACUGGAAACCUACCUAGGGCCUCUCCAGGUGGCAUACCGAGAGACCAUCCUAAAUGCAGUUCGUUCCACAGAUACCUUAGAUAGAACUUUAGGAGACAAACGGCAUCUUGUGACCGUAGAACUGGAAGUAAAACCAAUUGAAACAUCCUCUGUUACACCAGUUAUCAAGUAUGCUCCAAGUGUUAGUGAAGACCUUCCAAAGGUCUCUCAAGAGGCCAUUGAAAAUGGAAUUCACAGUGCAUGCCUCCAAGGACCAUUGCUUGGAUCCCCAAUUCAGGAUGUGGCGAUUACUUUACAUUCACUGAUAAUUCAUCCUGGUACCUCCACAACGAUGAUUUCUGCCUGUGUCUCGAGAUGUAUCCAAAAGGCUCUGAAGAAAGCUGAUAAGCAAGUUUUAGAGCCCCUGAUGAAUCUCGAGGUGACAGUGAUGGGAGAUUACCUCAGCCCUGUCCUGGCAGAUCUGGCACAAAGAAGAGGAACCAUUCAGGAAAUCCAGACUCGUCAGGAAAACAAAAUUGUUAUUGGAUUUGUUCCCUUAGCAGAAAUUAUGGGUUAUUCAACUGUGCUUCGAACGCUUACCUCUGGCUCAGCUACUUUUGCCUUAGAACUCUGUAACUAUCAAGCCAUGAACCCUCAAGACCAGGCGACACUGCUCGGCCGGAGAAGUGGCUUGAACCAAGGGCUGUAGGUCUUUGGAGACAACGUCACGGGCACCUUACCUACAACUGCAUUUUCAAACUUUUUACCAAUGAGAUAAUGCUGUCCGGGAAUUUUGUAAAAAAUAAUGGUGCCAAGGGUGGGUGAGCGCAGGUGAUUCAAGAUUGGCCAAGUACUGAUUACUGAAGCUGGAUGACAAGGACAUGGAAGUCAUUAUUCUACUUCUGCAUGUGUUUGAGAUUUUGUGUAAUAAAAAGUAAAGCAAAAGCAAACAAAAACGGAGUGCCACUAACAUUUCAACCUGUACUACAUCAUAACAUUGGAUAAAGCUUGAGAGUGUGGACAAAGGACAACAUUUAGAGGCCUGGUUUUGUCCCUUCUUAACUCCAAUUUGGAAUGAGGUCAGUAACUGCCUCUGUAUUUUAUAGGGGGAUUAAAAAAGAUGACAUGAGGCUUGCUCCCACCUCCACGGUUUCAUAAUACAGUUAAUCUGAACACUGCUGAGACAGCCAUUUAUUUUUUAAGGAGCUCUCAUCUCUAAAAUUCUCUAGUUUUUCAGAGAAAAAGUCAUUUACAGAAUCCAAUUACAAUUCUAGGCUACAUGAUAAAAAUACUCAACCUUUUAUUAGUUGUGAGUGCUACAGGUCUCCUACAUUAAGCUUCUUAAAUUUUGUGUAACUACUAGAGAUUAUUUACAUUUACAAUAACAAUUAUAAGAACAGUUUUCUGGACCUACAUUGCUAAGCUACAGCCUAUUAAAGUUUUUAAACCAUGAACAUCUACUUUUAUACUUUAAUUCUAUCCAUAAGAAACAUUUAAGCUGAAAACUUAUGAUGAAACCAUACACAAAUUUUGGAAGACAGACUACAGUAACAUUAAUUACUCACUUUGUUGCUUAACUCAGGAAAAGCAACGCUCUGGUAAGGGAAAGACUGGUCAUCAACAAUGUGCCAGUGGAGAACAUUAAACUUAUUAAAAGCCAUGGCAUCCUGCAAGCAAACAUGUUAAAAAAUUAUAUAUAAUACACAGAUGUAAUAUACAGAUAUAAUACAUACACAAUCCAAUUAUCUAUAUUCAGAUC